UGUUUGAUUUUGUAACCGGUUGAACAGGUUAUAGCAGGUUAAAAUGGCAUGUUGGCAUCUGAACUGAUUAUAAGUAGGCUGAACUGAGUGAGAUACCAGAAAAACAAUCACCACUCAGUGUAGUAGCAGUAACCUAACCUUUCCUCUUUCUUCUUGAUCUCCUAUAUCUCCUUCCAAACUCCACCAUCAAAUCUCCAUCAAACAACAAUGCCGAUCAACCGCAUAGCCGUAGGCACGCGUGACGAAGCAACCCACCCGGACGCCCUCAAGGCGGCUCUGGCGGAGUUCAUCUCCACCCUAAUCUUCGUCUUCGCCGGAGAAGGCUCCGGCAUGGCCUUCAACAAGCUGACCAGCGACGGCUCCGCCACCCCCGCCGGCCUUGUCGCGGCCGCGAUCGCCCACGCAUUCGCCCUGUUCGUGGCGGUUUCCGUCGGGGCUAACAUCUCCGGUGGACACGUUAAUCCUGCUGUGACGUUCGGGGCUUUUGUUGGCGGGCAUAUUACUCUCUUGCGUGGGAUUCUCUACUGGAUUGCUCAGUUGUUGGGGUCCACGGUGGCUUGUUUGUUGCUCAAGUUCGUGACGAAUGGCAUGACUACAUCGGCAUUUUCGUUGUCCUCGGGAGUGGGUGUAUGGAACGCCUUUGUACUCGAGAUCGUGAUGACCUUCGGCCUAGUCUACACCGUCUACGCCACCGCAUUGGAUCCGAAGAAGGGGGAUUUGGGAAUUAUAGCACCAAUCGCGAUCGGGUUCAUCGUGGGCGCUAAUAUUCUGGUGGGUGGAGCCUUUGACGGUGCUUCAAUGAACCCGGCCGUAUCGUUCGGGCCGGCCUUGGUGAGCUGGACGUGGGGCAACCACUGGGUCUAUUGGGCUGGGCCUCUUGUCGGCGGCGGGCUUGCUGGGCUAAUCUAUGAGUUGUUUUUCAUGACCCGCCACACCCACGAACAGCUGCCCACAACUGACUACUAAGGCCACUGAUGAGUACUAUUUUACUACUUGUUUUCUCAAGGGUUUAUUUUCUUCUUGUCAAUAAUUUGUGAGCGUUGGUCUUUUCUGCCUUUUGUGGGAGUCAUUGGAAUAAUUGUUGUUUGUGUGCUUUCUGGGAUGUGGUCCAGUACUGUUCGGUUGUGUUGUUUGGUCGGUUGUGUGCAUGAUUCCACUUUUUUGGGUCUCGUUUCAAUUUCAUUAUCACUUUCAACUUU